AUGGCUAGGAAUAGAAAAGAAGCUUCAAUAAUUCCCCCACCAUUUAACUUUGGAGCUAUCUUCUCUGAUAAUAUCAUCGAUACAGAGCUCGAAAGUAAAAAUCCAGCUGAUAUAUCUAAUGAUUUAUUUACUAUUGUAAGUUCAACAGACCAAAACGUGUCUGUUGCGAUAUUACUAUCACUAUUUUCUAAAAUACAGAAGCAAGAGAAUGCAGAAUUAAAACAAAAACUUAUUGAUAUCGUCCAAUCUUUUGUUAAUUUGAUCCAAAAUCAAGUUUGGUUUAGAUUAAUUGUAUUAAAGUUCUUUAACAAGCUUAGCGAAUUCCCAGAGGCAGUGCUGCACUUGUUAAACAGCCACACAAGCUUAACUUUGCUUGUCCAUGCUGCAAGUACAAAAUUCACAACAGAAUCCCAAGCGUUCAUACAAAAUAAUAUAAUUCGGAAUCUCUCAAAUACAGCCAAUGCAAAAUUAUCUCAAAACGUUUUAUUUGAACUAUGUGACCUCCAUAUCCCUGAUUUCGACCCAGAUACUAUAUUUGGCCAGAAGGAAGCACCAGAGUUCUCACCAUAUUUAUCACCUCUGAAGCUUUCCAGCCAACAAACAAAUGUUGAAAUUUCAUCUUUCGAAAAUAUACCAAUUCAAUCAGUUCUAGCCGAGUCAAAUGAAAAGUUAAUUUCCAAUAAGGCUAGGCUCUGCGAAUUGUUCUCAUUUUACCCUGAUUUCAACGAGUAUCAUGCGGCCUCCUUCAUUUUCUGCUUAGUCCAGCCACAUUACCACUACAAAGAGUUCCUAGAAAAGAAACUAGAGCCAGAUUCUCGCAACAGACUCCUUGAAAUGCAUAAGGAAAUCUUUGAAUCAAAGAAUUUAUCAAUUCCUAACAUUAUCAACCAUUUCCAAGACUUAGAUACACAACAAUUACAAGUAGAUUCAUGCACUCUUCUCUUUACAAUCCUUAGAUCUCUUACUCAUGGACAACCAAUCAAUCCUUUGUCAUUUACAAGCCAAUGGAAGAAUCCUCAAUUACAACAUUCGAUUUUAUCUUACAUUACAGUCAAUUCCGUUCCAAAUCUUGACUUUUCCAAGACGCCAAAGCAAAUAAACAUUGAUGGCUUCAUUCCAAGCGGUUCUAGCUUUGAUAAUUGCUGCAAUUGCUGGAAAUCCCUUGAAUUCGUACAAAGAGCCACACAAUUGCUAUCAAAUGACUCAGCAAUGCUCAAUAAAUUUUUCGAACCAUUAAUUCAGCGUUAUCCAGCCGUUUUAAUAGCAAUUUUCUCAAGAUCCGACUUCGCCAGUACUAACAACAUCAUCGAUAUCGCUACACAAGCUCUUGGAAAGCUUGUCCAUCAAAAUUUGAGCGGAAUCGUCAACGAACUCUUCAAAACAUCAUCAUCGUUCAUUACAUUACUUCUUCUCAACCUCUACAAGAACCAACCCAACGUUGUCGAUCGUAUUUACACUACAUUUUCCGAUCAUAUCAAUCAACUCCUCGAAUCUACGGACAUCUUCUUUGCUACAGACUGCGCGAUGAUUGCCGCUGUCAAUAAGACCAUAGACAUCGGCCAUUUCGUGGAAAACUACACUAAAAAGAACGGUCCAGAUUCAAUCCAACAUAUCAUUGAUUUCAUUGUCCAAAAAGUGAAGCAAGUCAAUUCCCAACAGUUGCUUGUCAUCACAAACCUCUUCUCCUACCUCUCAGAACACAUAAACGAGUACACAAUCAAUCAACAAAUUUUCAUAGAAACCGCCGCAAAAAGUGCCACGGAAAUCCAACCCGCAUUAGUUAUUCCUUCUUAUGACAUCAAAGUUCCACAGAAGAUGUACACGGAGACAAAAGAACAGGCCACACAAUUCAUGGCGAAACUCCUUUCGAACCAAAUUUCACCAAACGAGUUCUUUUCUUUCCUUUGUAAAGAACGGUUUGUCAAUCCGUUAUUUUUCAGUGAAACCGUUUUGUUGAUUAUUUCUGAGAUCGAGAGAAUCGAUGAGCUUAAGAUUCCUACCAUCAAGAGCCUCGCAAAAGUCACAGCUGAUCUUGUAAUUUCUCAUCAUUUAAACCGCUCAAAAACUGACAAAAUUUUACAACAAAUCAAAUUAUUGUUGAAUAACGAAGAACAGACGCAAUCCUAUUUAUUUGGUAUCAUUGCUUUGGAAGUGAUUCUCCCAAAGAUCGACAAUUUCCCACAGUUCAUUUUCGACGUAAUGAGGGAAACAAGAAUCAGAGAUUUGAGUCCAGAAAUUUUCGACCAAAUUCAAAAAGUUGGUCAGAAAAUAAACGAACCACUUCACUCCACACUUCCUAAAACUAUCAACAUACAUCCAUUACUACAAAGGUUCUUCACAAUGAAGCCUCCUUCACCUCUUAUUGCCAAAUCCCUUCUAAACUUAUCCCAAGAACCCCUAUCCUUGCAUGAUUUGUUCAAACGACAAACAUUGCCAUAUGAUUGGACAGCUCUGGCUGUUGUUGACACGAUACAAGACAAACCGGCUCUUUUACCUGCUUUCAUUCCAAGUAUCAUGGAGAAUCCUGACUUUAUUCCUAUUGUUUUCCAUGCAGCGGCCGCAAGAAGUCUUCAACACAUAUUGAGUCCGGAAUUCGGAAAAUACGAAGGUUGUUUGAGAAGAAGAAGAUUGUAUGUGUUAGGAAAUUUGAUAGGAACGAUAACUUUGAAAGAAAACCGUCCAAUUUUGUCACGUUUUCUUGAUUUGAAGAAACUUCUAUUAUAUGGAAUUUCACAAGGAAAGUUAUAUGGCAUUGUUCCAUUUGUUGUUACAAUAUUACAAUCAGCGUCACCAUUCUUUAAUCCGCCAAAUCCAUAUACAUCUGGAUUGUUGUAUAUUUUGGCAGGAAUCUGUUGCAUGGAUUCAAUCAAAGUAUACAUAAAAGAGCAGAUCUUAGGAUUGUUUAAUAACAUGGGAAUAACAACAGCGAUGUUUGACAAUCUUCCAAAGUAUUUCCCAUUGAAUACUGAUUCGAAUUAUGAUUAUUUGAUCACUCCUUAUUCGAUGAUUCAUUUCUUGAGUGCUCCUGAUAUAGAGAGAAUUACAACAUUCGAUACAAACAGUUUGUCACAGUUCAUACAACAGAAUGUUAUAAUUCCUGAUAACUCGGAAAUUCCUUUAUCUUUGAAGGAGAAAAUCAAAGAAGUCGUUGUCAAUUAUUUGGUUUCUUUCCUUCAUAAAGAUGGACCUCUUUUAGCUGACAAAGCUGCGAAUACGACAUUGGAACUUGUUAGAAAAGAUUUCAAGAACGCACAAGCUCCUGAAAUAAUGUUGGAACCAGCACAUCAAAUGGUUCAUCAACUGAGUAAUUCUUUGACUUUGUUUAACGCAAUUUACAAAUUGCCAGCAAAUUUAGUCAAAAAAUUACAUUCAGUUAUUUCCACACCUGACAAUGAUUGGAUUGACGAAAUUGCAGCGAAGAACUACGAAUGGAUUGCACAGGUUUUAAGAGAUUCUGUUGCAAUCAGAAGCUGGAACACUGUGAAGACAAUUUUGAUGAAAGAAAUCGAAGAAGAAAGACAACAUAGAUCUCGUAAUUUCACAACAUUACCACCUGGUUUGUCAUCGAAUGGAUGCAUACAAUCACAACAGGUUUAUUCCGAAUACAGAGAUCUGUCUUUCUCCCAACAAAGUUAUCCAUUUAACAAAGACGACAAAGUUGUUAUUGACAAAGAAUUCGAUGAAUAUCUUUCCGAAUUCAAAGUCAUUGUUCCUUUCGAACAAAGUUACACAGGAAACACUCCUGAUGAUGGAUCAGUCAAUGACUUACUCGAUAAAUGCCCCAAUUUCGUUAUCGAAACAAUCACUUUCGAUAGAUUUAAAUCUAUUCUCAAAGCAAUUCUCAAAUACGCUUCUAAAUGUCCUUCAAGGCCAUUUGAAAUCGUUUUGUGCCACGUGAUUGAAAAAGUCGUUACUUCUGUCAAUCCUUCGAUAAUUAAGCAGUCAAGACAAUACGUAAUGAGUUGGGUACACAACUUAUUACCUCCUUACAUCGUUUGCGAAUUGGUCAGACUUAAAUUGGUCGUUGAAAAAGACUUGGACAUCGAAUUUUCAACAUUAAUGAAUUCUGAACCAUUCAACACAAGAAUAAUGAUUCAUGUCAUGCAAGCUCUUUAUUUCGGUAUGGUCGAGACAUCGAAAUUGAACGCGAGAGAGAUGAUCUCGUCAUUGACUUUUGUCUGCACAAUUCUCCAGAGCCAGUUGGAUAUCUUAAAGGAUACACAGUUAUCCAGAUAUUCACAGUACUUGAAAUCACUGACAAAAGUCUUUGAAACUGUUUUCGCUCCAGAAAACGGAAUUCCAACUGAUACAAGAUUAUCAAAGCUCGUGACAUAUGAUGCAUCAGAGAACUUGACGAAUCAAAGACACAUCAACGCAAUACAGAAAUGGCACGCGGCGUAUUGCGACAGGGAUAUCAUGGAUUACACAGAAGAAACUAAAGAAGUUUUAGUUUGUGGAGCAUCAACAAUUGCUGCUUUAUUUGGCCAGGAAUCAUUGAAAGCAUGUAAUCUUUUCAUGGAAACAGUUUCUAAACUUCAAAACACGACACAAUACGCAUUGGAUGUUUUAGAAGCUGCAUCACAAAACGUGAAAGGAAUAGGAAAUGUCAUUGGCCAUGAUAUGACGAAAUAUUACCAAAUAAUUCGUAAAUGCAUUGUCAUGUUAACGAAUACCGAUAAGUUCGAACAAAUCGCAAUGACAUUGCAUAACAUCAGGCCAAGUAUCAGUCCAUCAUUUGCUUUUGCAUGGGUUCAAUUGAUAUCAGACAAAAUCUUUGUUUCUCCACUUUUGCAAAACAACAAUUCAUGGACAUCAUUCUUUGUUUUGCUGGCCGAUUAUAUAUCAUCUGUUGGAUUGAUGACGAAGAAAAUGAGUGAUUCAGAUAAAGAAGCAUUCGAUGUAAUGUACAGAGCAUUAUUAAGACUGAUCUUAAUAUUGUCACAUGAUUACAACGAAUUCAUGGCUUCAGCUGCUCCUCUUUUAGUUCAAAUUGUUCCUCUUUCUUUCACACAAAUGAGAAAUGUUUUGUUGAGUUUGGACUCAAAACCAAAUUCAUCAUUUACAAGAGCUGCAUCACAAUUCUCAUUCGUUCCUGAGAAAUUCAGAACAAGUUUGAAUGCCACAUUCCCUCAGAAAUCAUUUGAUAAAUCGCAGUGUUUGAACUGCGUGCAAAUGUUAACCGAAAAGGAUUCACCUGUUACAUUGAUCUACGCAUUUGUUUCGUCCAUUCUUCAGUCAAUGACAUUCUUAAAGCAGGCAGAUAACACUGAAGACAGCCCUGCUUUCAUGGCAAUGCAAGUCUUGUUUGAAGAAUGCGAUGCAAGCCACGCUUACGAUGUCAUCUGCGCAAUUGUUGAUAACGUUAGAGGUGACGAGAAAGAGGCAACAAAUCCAAAGAGAUUGUUGUUAUCCCUCCUUAAUUCAACAAUGUCAAUCAAACAAGGUUUGACUGCUUCAGAAUUGUCAUUGAGAGCAAUCUUCGAAAGAUGCUCUGCAGCAGCGAAACCUCCGAAUGCUUUGCAGCAGUUCUUCAAGGAUAUUCUUGCUCAGGACUCAAGGACACAGUUCUUGAGCUCAAUGAACUACGUCAAGAAUAAUCCACAAGUAAGUGAUUACAUCCAGAAGAAUUUGGCAAAUACUAAGAAAUAA